GCUCCAGGUUGAGGACCCCCAUUUUCUGUGCUUCAACUACUAGACAUCUUUAUUGUUCCCCAACAAUUUGAAUUUUUUAGAAAAUGUGUCCCUAGUAUCUAUGCCCUUGCCCUUCCGCCCUUGAUAGUAAUUUUAGAUAGAAAUAUUAGUAUCAUGCCUCGGCGUGGUCCCGUCGACCAGCCGGCCGUAAGAAUAUAUCGCGCUACGCGAUGAGCGUACCUACGAUUCACACUUGCGAGGUAGAAGAAUUUGAAUGUGGUUUUUGAAGAAGAGCCAAGAACCUAGUAUGCAUUCAGUAAGAGCUGUAUGGAUGUUGUUAUCGGCUGCAGAUCCACCUCCUAUGUCUAUUGAAAAAGUUGUCACGGCUAUUCUGAUCUCUUUCCCAGUUUUUCGCAUGCCUUCCUUGAUGUAACAUUGUGCUGGUAUGUAUCAUCCUCAUUCCCUCUACCAGAGGUAGUGCUAGAAGUACGCUUCCCAGGUGACGCCAGAAUUUACCAUGGAGGCUAAUUAUUACGGCGAUGGCAGAGAUGGUGUUGACGAGACCGUGGCACUAGACGGGGACCGGAUGUCGACAACUAGUACACUUGACGCAGGCCGCGGUUCUGUUGCAACUACUGUGAUAGUCCCUGAUCCCUACAGCCUGAGCCUCUACAGCCCGCCGGGCAACACCAGAGCGAAGAUCAACAUUGGCAGUCGAGAACAAGAGGACAGUGACGGGAUCGACAUUUUUGCUAGAAAGCCAGACCAAGACCGUGAAGAAAUACCCUCGUCCCACCGGCAACAAGCAGGCGCACCCUUUUCCCCAGUGAAAAGCAGAAACGCAAACGGCAAGAAGAUGAUCAGCAAACAGCGUGAGGGGGAGGCUGCAAGUGGUACAACUAGAAGCGUCGCAAGUAAAAAUGGUGGAGGCCGUGGUUCUAUUUUCUCAAACGCGGAUCAUGAAACAUUCCAAGCGACACAAAUAGUUGAGGACGAGGACGAACAUGCCCGGACGACCAGGAACGCCAGCAAUUAUACUCCGGAACUGCAGGCCUUCUACGGAGCAGCGACGAGGACUCCGCCAGUACAACCUGUGCAGACCCUGAAGGGUGAUAGUACAACUGGUACUAGGUCUAGGAUCGGAAAAGGUCCGCUCGUGCAAGAAACACCUCGACGCGGCGGAGGCGCAGCCUUCGACGAGGACGAUCUCGUCCUGAUAGGCGAGGAAAACGACACCACGGGGGGUGAAAACUUCCACGACCACGUUGUUCCUUACCCAGUGGAAUAUGACGAAGACGACGGAUUUUACCCCUUCACGCCAGAGCAACUGGCGACCCUGGAACAACAUCACAACGCACAAACCAGGCACGACGCAUCGUGGUCACCUUCGCCGCAUCUCGACAAGGUGGCUCUUGGACCUUCUUCCAGACUGGUGCGUCAACAACCCGAGGGGGAGGCGUCGGGCGAAGUGAUGGCACUCGCGGCUAGCGGAAAGGGCAUGGGUAAAUACGGUGCUAUGUCCAGCGUCGGCAGCAUGUUGAGUAGUAGUGGCAUGGGUAGCGGGAAAUCCUCUGGCAUGAUGGGCAUGUUUGGCAAGCCGAUGAUGAAAGGCGGUCCCCCCAAAGGCUUUUCGACCAAGGGUGGCGGCAAAAAAGGAACCGGCGGGAAAAUGACGAAGGGACCGCCGCCACCGCCCGGGGGCCGGUACGCCCAAGGCUACGACGAUUACGAUAUUUACGGCUACGCGGACGAAGGUAUAGUUUCUGUGUACAAGAAUUGCAGAUCAGAUUUUUGCACAUGCUAAAAGACGAAAUUUUUUUUGCUGCUAUUCAGAUCAAGAUAUCAGAUCUUGAUACGACUGGUGACAGGUUCAGUACUACAUGAAAAUGAUUGAAAUAAAGUAAUAUUUUUCUGGACGAAUGCAAAUCAAUCCAAAAACUAUUUCACAAUCAUAAUACAUCAGCUUGCUGCUGCGGGUGCAGCUCCUGCUACUGGAUAUUGUGUGCUGUGAUCACGUUUGCGAUUGUGGCUGGUAGCUGCGUUUUCUGGUGGUUCAUAAUCCGUGGACCCGUUAUCUGCGAGCCGAAAGGUAGCACCGGCGCGGGGAUUGGAGGUCACAAGGGCUUCGGAAGCAGUAGUUCUUCAGCCUCGUCGUCCUUCAUGCAAGAAACGCAAUCGUCGUACAACUACCCUGGGGAUCAUGGGGCCGCUGGGGAGCGGACGGCGACGGCAGAGCAGCUGCGCGAAAUCGAGGACAUCAUAGAUGCCUAUGGUUUCAACGUAGAUGAGGUAGACAGCAUGAUGUCUGAUUGGAUGCGGGCAGCCGGCAUGGAGGUCGCGGAUCACGAGGACCUCGACGAAGUGGCUCCGCAUAGUCAUUGGAACGGCGAAGCCGCCAUACUAAGCCAAGAAAAUGGACAUAGCGCCGAGCAGGGCGGUAUUAUAGCGCAAGCAGAAACGUCGAGUAGAGCGAACCACCGUGGGCAUGAUCUACUUUCCGAGACGGGACAAGGCAAUGUGCUUUUGCAAGAAAGGGAGCACCUACUGCCGCGUCGGAGUGAUACUGAUAUUACCAAGACGGAGGGUGGACAGAGGACAGCCCAAGAACAUGAGCAGGAUCGCGAUCAUCUCGUGGACCAACCGCCAAGGGAGGACAAUCUUGUUCCACCUGCUAGUAGGAUAUUAAACACCCCGACGGUCGUGCGGGCAGGAGCUACGAAGGACGCCGGAGUUUCUGGCGCCGGUCAACAAGGUCAACUCGCACUUGAUACAACAGGGACAGACCAGCAGGGAACACAACAAGCGGACGGAAAAAAGAGGUUAGCUCGAGCCACAUCUUCAACAGGAACAAGAGCGGAAGAUGCGCCGGCCGGUGGCUUUGACCAAGACGGUGCAUUGCUUGAAACGGAAACCGCGACCGCGGAGCACGAAAACCUGCAGAAUAAAAUGAACACAACGGAGCAGCAAAGCGUCGCUGCUCGUACUCACGAACGGCAGCGGUUGGACAAAAAAACGCAGUACAAGCUGGCACACACGGUGAACAAGAAAGUUUUACCUGUAUUGGGGCUCGGUCUCGCAGGAAAACUGGCGCUCGGAGCAGCGGGGAUUGCUGCUGCGGGGGCGGCGGUCCCGCUUUUGGGAGGCAAGGACUUCGCCGGCAACAUGUUAAAUAGUUUCGGUGCGGCCCUCGGAUUCCACACCGGGUCGCAGAAGGCCACCGACGAGAAUCACUGCAAGCGACUGUGCACGGAUCAUCCCAGCUGCAUUUACGCGAAUUAUUAUCAAACAGAGAACAAGUCGCGCGCACCAGGAAUCCAUGAUAUCAUCUUUGGCCAUAAGGACGCUGUUACUAUAGAACAUAAAGCAAGGUCGUACUGUUGGUAUUGCCGCGGCCCUUUCGCAUCUUUGGUACCAGAAUAGAAUGUUGACGCUGGAACGCAACAUGUGUAUUUGGAUUUGCGGGACAACAUGGUGGAUGAAGCGUGCGCAUUAUAAAUAUGUAGGGGUACUUCGAGCGCAGCUCGCUGAGUUCGCACAAUAAUUUAUUACCGACGUUCCAAAAUGAAAAUUUACAUUAUCGAAGCCGCAGUUUGUUACGCCGCGUACCAUUGUAUGGCAAGGAUAUGGAUAUGGUGUAUUCCUGGUUGUUCAUUGGGAUGACUUCUUUUCAGGUGGCUCAGGAGCGGGGAUGAUGGGAGGACUUCUUGGCGCGAUUGGAGGCACACCCAACUGUUUUCUCUACAAGAAUAUGCAUCAUGUUCACACAGGUCAGGGUCAGGGCAAGAGAAGUCAUUUCGGGGCGGCCUGGUGGUGCUCUUUGAUGUGGGUCGGCACCGUGCAUCCUAAACUCAGUAUAACGGAUGAACUACCCGUGCGCUCGUACAUGGGAGCAGUAGGCAUUAAAAAUGCAACUUCAACCACUGCGGACUGCGAUGAAAGCGGUUUUAAAAAUAUUGCCACCUCAUUUAUUUCUAUGUGCAGCUCGAAUUGCGUGUACGUGCAUGGAAGAGUGCUUACCAAAGCCAAUACGAAAUGGGCAAUCUCUACUGUUGACCGUGACCCGAUAUUUGCGUUCGAUAAAGACGUGCAUCGUGCAGCCCUGCCACACUGUCGAUCCGAAGGUGAUCAAGGAUCUAGGCAUGAACGGGGCAAAGUUCAUGGGAAUGGGUGGAGGUGGAGAGGGAGCCCAAGCGAAAAGCUGCGGCAUGUGUCCGCCAACGGAUCCAACGUCGCUGACGAUGUAUCAGGAACAGAACUAUCCUCUGCAAAAGUACGAUCGUGCUCGUACACUAGAUAUUCGAAUCGCUGCAAAAAUCUUGGUCUUCUGGCAUGAGUGAAGACAGGUUUGUUUUGGAGUUCUUGACGAACAAACCGAAACCGGCAUUUUUUUACAAAUUUGAUCACUUUUCCACCUAAGGGGACUGUUACAAAAUUUGUAUGCUGUGUAAUAACCUCCAGUACGAUCAUGCUUUUGCAAUGGAUAAAGAAGCGCUGUGUAAACAAGCGAAGCUGAUUUGGGUCGGGAUGGAGAGUAAGAAGGGGGGUCAGAGCAUGGGCGGCCCCACGGUCGACGCGAGCUCGAUGGGCGGCAUUGUACCGCGAUAGCUGGCACCCAGAUAGAGAUGUUCCAAGUAUAGGCUUUUGAUUUCUUUGUAGAACAAGUCAGUUUCGCACGGCGGCGAAAAAAACAAUUCUUUUUCCUACAUUAGUGUUUCCCUAUUGCUAUCUUUCAAAUUUGAAUUUCCACGACCAAUAAAAAUAAUUUAGUACUAUGUUUGUACCUAGCCCCCCGAAAAGACGUCUGCAAGAAAGCGAUGAAAAAUGAGAAACUAGGCCUUCAUCCUCAAGUUUUACAGCAACUUCACUGCUAAGAAUUCCUC